AUGGAGUUUUGGAAUCCUGUAUAGGAAUAAUGGAUAGCAGGUGUACAGAAUAUAAAUGCUAAAAACAUUAUAAUGGAGAAUUCUUCAUCAAACGGAUCGUCAUUGCUGGAACUGGAAGAGGAAUAUCGUAGAAGAAUUUCGGCAGAUAUUUUGAGUCGCCAUCUUAUUCCUUCUCUUGUUUACGUGAUUGUACUCAUUUUGAUAGGAGUUCCUGGAAACUGCUUAGUAUGUCACGUGUACACCACAAAAUGGCGGCGAAGGAGAAAACCAUCUACUUUGUUUGUCCUAGCUCUUGCCUGGUUUGAUUUACUGAAUAAUAUAGUAUCAUUACCCACUGAGAUUUAUCUCCUUACCAAUUACAUGUCAUUUGAUUCGCCAUUUCUGUGUAAAUCAUCAAGAUUUGUGACUUUCUUCAUGAAUGCCGCCUCUUCGGUUGUUCUCGUGGGGAUUGCGAUUGACAGAUUUAUUGGAAUUUGGUGUUCCUUUAAAACCAAACCGUUUAGCGUUUCCCGGGCAAAAUUUGUAGUUGUUCUUUCAGUGGCUCUAGCAACAGUCACGUGUUGGCCUAGUAUUCUUCUAUAUGGAACACAGACGAUCAAAUCACAACAGUACUCCCUCAAGACUUGCCUCAUUGAUGAUGAUUUCCAUGACAGUGAAAAUAAUGUGUAUCCCUUCGUGUAUGGAAUGUAUUUGUUAGGUUCUAACGUGAUUGUCGAUAUAACAUUCAUAGUACUAUAUUCUUUGAUAGGAGUUAAAAUAUAUAAAAGAAGGCAAUUCGGUAGUCUUAGUCCAAAAAGAAGCUGGAGUACUGUCGUAACUUUCAAACGAAGACCGAGUCUUUGUUCAUAUUCUAGUACAACAAAUAUAGACGAGGAUAGUAUUCCUUUGAAUGCUGGGAAGGGAACCAAAUUCAGUGCAAGACUUGUGAGGCAGGAGAGUUUUACAAGUGACAAGUCAUAUAACACCAUGAAAUAUAAGUACAAUAUGAACAGAUCAGUAGAUUCAUUGCCAGCUAAAGUAAAUGGAUUAAAAUCUGAUAAUUCUUGCCGAACUCUGUCCAGAAUUAGUGAGUUGCAAAACUUCACAAUCGCCCAAGAACACAGAAAAAGAUCAGCAAGCUUGCCGGAAUGUAACACUCUCCAUGUUGAUGGAAAGAAAUCACCAAGAAGCACGCUACUAAAAGGAAAAUAUUUAUCCAGGCAGGCUUCCUUUGUGUCUUCGCAAACUUUACCGAGUGAAAUCUGCCGGUACGGUCGUACCUAUCAUACCGGAAGAACUACUUUCAUGUUGUUUGUUGUGACUCUAGCAUACGUUUUAACGUUCGUACCGUAUUGCGUCAUAGCUGUGAUACGUUACACAAACGAGGGAUUUUACAACACACAAAAUGACUUGCAAAAAAAUUUCUAUCAUCUUUUUCUGCGAUCUUAUCUUCUUUCUAGUGCAAUCAAUCCACUAAUUUAUAGCUUUACUAGCCAUGCAUUUAGAAAAGAGUGUUCUGCGAUCUCAAAAAAGUUAUUUUGUAAAUUGAAGGCCAUGAAUGUUUGAAAACAUUAUUGAUUAGACAAAUUCAAAGCAUGUUCUGUG